AUGGCGGUUGUCAAGAAACCACGCCGGUCUGCCCAUUCUAAGUCCUUCCGUCAACAACAACAACAACAGACACCAAUCCAGCAACAACAAUCGCAACAACAACAACAACAAUCAAAAUUCCAAAAUGUUCCAAGAGUAGGCCCCAUACUCCAAUUAAACAACUCACUCUUUGAAUCAAAUAGAUUGAAAGCAGAACCAUCAACUUCAAUAGUUCAUGAUGAAAGUGAUACCAUAUCAUUCAGACAAUACAUUUUGAAGAAUUUCAUUGAAUCUUCAAAAUUAAUGACCGUCUUGACUACUAGUUUAGUACCCAAUGAUAAAAUUAUACCCACUCCAUUAUAUUUUACCGAUGGAGUCAUAUCAACUGGUAUCGACAAUGAAAAUAAAGCUUCUUUAGUAAGUCAAUUAGAACAAAAAUUAAACUCCGAAAUAAUCGAAUUGAACCAAUUAAAACGACAAGAGGAAACCGAAGAACUGAUAAUAAGUGAAGACCAAGAGAAUCAAUUUUUCAAAGAUAAAUUAUUACAAUUGAACAAUAAUAAUUCAAACAAUAUGGAACUCAAUGAUAAGAUCUUAAAGGAAUAUACAGAUAAAUUCAAAUUAAGGUCACAAGAGAAUACAAUGGUCAUUUAUAAAGAUGAAUUUUCCAGUUCUUUAAGACAGGAUACAAGAGAAGCUCCUACAAAUUACUGGGAUGACUAUUUUGCAAUCAAGAAGAAAUUAGCAACUAUGGCUGCAGAAUCACAAAGAAGACAAACCGAAUUGCAAAAGAAUUUACAAUUAGAACAACAAGAAGAAUUGAAAAGAACGCAGGAUGAGUUGCAAAAACAACAACAAAAUCAACAGCAGCAGCAACAACAACAACAACAACAGAUGCAUCAGCAGCAGCAAUCACAGCAACAGCAGCAGCAGCAACAACAGCAACAACCAAACCAAACCAACAGUGCAAAAGAACAAUCUGGUACUGCUACAGCUUUAAUUGAUAAUAUGUUUGACGAUUUUAAUUCUACAGAAAACUCAACCAGUAAUACUGGUAAUAGUAAUAGUAAUGGUAAAAGUAGUAGCGAUCAAUUUAAUACUAACUUCGAUGAUGACUUCGGUGAUCUAGACAACGUCUUCUUUUAA